AUGGCAGACGAGGACGAUAGGAAUAAUGGAAUGAAUCCACUGUUACUUGAUGCUUUGACUGCACGCAUGACUACUUUGAUGGAUCAGAGACUAGAGCACUUCAGGGCUGAGGUUGUGCACUCAGAUCGUGAGAGACCUAGAAGGACUUCAAAUCGAUCUGCUACAGAAAGUUACUAUAGCCAUUCAAACCGAUCCAUUGGUACCAGAAGAAGGAGGCGUGACCAGGAAGAAAGGCCAAAAACCAGCGAUCCUCUUGGUGGUUUGAAACUGAAAAUUCCUGAGUUUAAAGACUACACUGCAGAGUAUAAAAUGAAACUUGCCCCUACUGAGUUCAAGGAGUAUGCUUUAAGUUGGUGGGAUAACUUGGUUACAGCAAGAAGAAGAGCUGGAGAUUUUCCUGUUGAAACCUGGAACCAGAUGAAGGUAAUCAUGAGGAAGAGAUUUGUACCGAGCCACUACCACAGAGAGUUGCACUUCAAGCUCAGAACACUGUCUCAAGGAAGUAGAUCAGUUGAGGAAUAUUAUAAGGAAAUGGAAACUCUUAUGCUGAGAGCUGAUAUACAAGAAGACAGAGAAGCAACAAUGGCCAGAUUCAUGGGUGGUCUAAACAGAGACAUCAUGGACAGACUUGAAGUUCAUCACUACGUUGAGAUGAAAGAGCUUCUGCACAAGGCGAUUAUGUUUGAACAGCAGUUGAAAAGAAGAAGUUACAAGUCUAGCUAUGGAGCCAGCAAACCACACUACCAGAAGGACGAAAAGACCAGAGAAUCCAGACCAUUCUCCAAGCCUAAAGUGGAGGAACAAAGUGUUAAAGGAAAGGAAGUAGCCACUGCAUCCAAAUCCAGAGACAUACAGUGCUACAAGUGUAAAGGAUAUGGACACUAUGCCAGUAGCUGCUCCAACAAAAGGGUAAUACUCAUCAGAGAAAAUGGUGACAUUGAAUCCGAGGAAGAGGUAUCUGAGUCUGAAGAAGAAAGGGUGGAAAUGCCAACUCGUGGAGAGUUACUUGUUACUAGAAGAACACUGAAUCUUCAAGCCAAGACCGAUGGAGAUGAGCAGAGAGAGAAUCUGUUUCACACUCGCUGUAUGGUUCACGGGAAGGUUUGCAGCUUGGUUAUAGAUGGAGGAAGUUGUACCAAUGUUGCAAGUGAAACCAUGGUGGAGAAACUUGGUCUGAAGGUCAUAAAAAGACCAACAACUUACAAGUUACAAUGGCUUAAUGACGAAGGAGAGCUAGAGGUAAAGCAUCAAGUUAAGGUACCAUUGUCUAUUGGGAAGUAUGAGGAAGAGAUACUGUGUGAUGUCUUACCAAUGGAUGCUGGACACAUAUUGCUUGGUAGACCUUGGCAAUCCGACAGAAAGGAAUUCAAAGAUGUUUUUCCAGAAGAAGCUCCACAAGGACUGCCACCUAUCAGAGGAAUAGAGCAUCAAAUCGAUUUUAUUCCAGGGGCUUCUCUACCGAACAAGCCAGCCUAUAGAACCAAUCCUCUGGAGACCAAAGAGCUACAGCAACAAGUCACUGAGCUUAUGGAGAAAGGUCAUAUUCGUGAGAGCAUGAGCCCAUGUGCAGUUCCAGUCUUACUUGUACCAAAGAAAGAUGGUAGCUGGAGAAUGUGUUUUGUUGUGAGUGCAGAUGGAAUCAAGGUUGAUGAAGAAAAGAUCAAAGCUAUCAAGGAAUGGCCAAGCCCAAAGACAGUUGGUGAAGUGAGAAGCUUCCAUGGUCUAGCCGGAUUUUACAGAAAAUUUGUCAAGGAUUUUAGUACUGUGGCUGCACCACUGACUGAAGUAAUCAAGAAAAACGUUGGGUUCAAGUGGGAACAAUUCCAAGAAGAAGCAUUCCAAGCCUUAAAAGAGAAACUCACCAAUUCACCAGUUCUUUCUCUCCCUGACUUUUCUAAAACAUUUGAAAUAGAAUGUGAUGCUUCUGGUAUUGGUGUAGGUGCUGUGCUUAUGCAGGAAAAGAAACCUAUAGCUUUCUUUAGUGAAAAGCUUGGAGGGGCUACUCUGAACUAUCCAACGUAUGACAAAGAGCUCUAUGCGCUUGUGAGGGCUUUGCAAACAUGGCAACACUAUCUCUGGCCUAAGGAGUUCGUCAUCCACACUGAUCAUGAGUCUCUAAAGCAUCUCAAGGGACAACAGAAACUGAACAAGAGACAUGCUAGAUGGAUUGAAUUCAUUGAAAACUUUCCUUAUGUGAUCAAAUACAAGAAAGGUAAGGAAAACAUAGUUGCUGAUGCACUAUCUCGAAGGUAUAAUGAUGGUUUUCUCUUCUUUGAAAAUAGACUAUGUGUGCCUAACUCUUCUUUGAGAGAUUUGUUUGUCAAGGAAGCUCACGCAGGUGGACUUGGAGGACAUUUUGGCGUGGCUAAGACACUGAACAUAAUGCAAGAUCACUUCUAUUGGCCACACAUGAGGAGAGAUGUAGAAAAAGCUUGUGAAAGGUGUGUCCCUUGCAAACAGGCUAAGUCCAAAGUCCAAAACCACGGUCUGUAUACUCCUUUACCCAUUCCUUUGCAUCCAUGGCAUGACAUUUCAAUGGAUUUUGUUGUUGGAUUACCUAGGACUAAGACUGGAAAGGAUUCUGUGUUUGUAGUCGUUGAUAGGUUUUCUAAAAUGGCUCAUUUUAUUCCAUGUCAUAAAACUGAUGAUGCUGUGAAUGUUGCUAAUAUGUUCUUUAAAGAAAUUGUUAGACUUCAUGGAAUGCCUAGGACAAUUGUUUCUGAUAGAGACACCAAGUUUCUUAGCUUCUUUUGGAAAACCUUGUGGUCUAAGUUAGGAACUAAGCUGUGUUUCUCUACUACUUGUCAUCCACAGUCUGAUGGACAAACUGAAGUUGUCAAUAGAACAUUGUCUACCUUGCUGCGUGCAUUGAUUAAAACGAACCUUAGGACUUGGGAAGAAUGUUUGCCUCAUGUAGAAUUUGCUUAUAAUCAUGCUAGGCAUUCUGCAUCUAAGUUCUCUCCAUUUGAAAUUGUCUAUGGUUUCAAUCCUUUAUCACCUUUGGAUCUAAUGCCUUUACCUUUGAUUUGGAUACAUCUGAGGAAGGACAGAUUUCCUAACGAAAGAAAAUCCAAACUCAUGCCUAGACUAGAUGGUCCUUUCAAAGUCAUCAGGAAGAUCAACAACAAUGCCUAUCAACUCGAUCUCCAAGAUGAAACGGAUUUGAGGUCAAAUCCUUCUCAAGUGGGAGAGGAUGAUGUGAUCUUGACAAGCAAUGGAACUAAAGAUAUGGAACAGCUUGAACCAGAGCUUAAGGAAGUUGAAGAAAGAACCAUGGAGCAGCUUGAACCUGAGGAAACAAAUGGCAAGGACUUAGAAGUACCAGUUGGUCCAAUGACUAGAUCCAAGCAAGCCAGAUUCAAUCAAGCUUUCCAUAAACUCUUAUACACUAUCCAGGGCAGUCUAGAGUGUGCUUAUCCAACUACUCUGGUUGUGAUUCAAGCCGUCUAAGACAUUCAUCAAGAGAGGUGUUGUGACUUGCACUCUUUUCCUUGGUUUGGUUUUGUCCCAUUGGGUUUUCCAAACAAGGUUUUUAAUGAGGCUUGGACACAACACUUAUACGAUAGCCUCUUGAUGAAACCAUGCCAUUUCUCUUAUUUUCUAGUCUAUUUUCGGAUUUAAAACUUGGUCUUUAUUUAUGUUUUCAAGGGAGCCUUUGUUUUAAGUAUUUUGUAUGUUUCCAAGAAGC